UAUUGUUUAAGCGAUACAGUAUUAUACAAUGGCAAACCACGAUCAAAUAUUACGCGAAUUACUCGAAAAAAUAGCUGAGGAGUACAAAUACAAAGAUGCGACAUACAAAAUAGAACCUGUUUCCAGCGAGGGUGCUAAUUAUUCUUCAGCCCUCUAUAACAUCACCGUAUCUAGCCCAAAUAAUGAAGAUUUAAAUUUAUUUGCCAAAGUUUUGAGCUUCAGUGAGAAGACUCGAUCAGCUAUGGUGGAUACUGAUACAUUACCCUCUGAUCCAUCUGAGACAGAAAGAUUUGUGUACCAAGAAUUGGCCGAAAAAUUCAAAGAAUUAGAACUCAAAUGUGGGAUUCCAAUGGAAGAAAGAUACGCAUUUACUAAAUUCUAUUGCCAUCAGCCAAAUACGAAUGCAGAAACAGUCAUUUUAGAAAAUUUAGCGGUAAAAGGUUUCGAAGUAUACGACAGAUUAAAGUCUAUCGAUUGGCCUUACGCAUCCAAAGCUGUAGAAGUUUUAGCGAAGUUCCAUGGUCUAGCUAUGGCAUACGAAGAACACAACCCUGAAGAAUAUAAGGAUAUUCUAAUUAAAUAUACGAAUAAAAUUGAACCUAUAUAUAAAUACAUGAGUAGCAGUUUUAAAGAUUUUGCUGAAACAGCUUUAUCAGUGACAAGAGAAGAAAACAAAGAAAAAUUAAAAAAAUUCAUUGACUCAUUAAGUUCUUUUGAAAAUGUUUUGCACGUAUAUAGUAAACCACAGCGAAAACCCGUCAUUAUACACAGUGAUUUUAGACCAAGCAAUAUUAUGCAUAGAAUAAACAAGAAUGGGACAAUCGACCUUAUUCCUCUGGAUUAUCAGACCAUCCAUUCGGGGUGCUGCGUGAGUGACCUAAUUUACUUAAUAAUUCUUGGUUCCGACGCGCCUUUCCGUGCUCGCUACUACCAGCGUCUGGUGGACCACUACUAUGAUAGUUUGAGGAAUACUUUGAUACGUCUGAAGAUGGACCCAGACCAGAUUUACCCCAGGAAGGACUUUGAUUAUGAAUUGCGUGAGGCUCUGCCUUAUGGUCUCAUCGUGGCUAUCUUCGGGCUCCCUUUAAUCACAGUGCUACCGGACGAUGCUCCUGACAUGACCAGUGACAACUUCAUGGAUGGAAUGACCAAGAUAAAGACCAGCAGUCUUUACCCCGACAGAAUAAACGGUGUCAUUGAUGAUUAUGUCAAAUGGGGGGUUCUCUAAACUCCAUUGAAAUAACUUUUUGAUAAGAUGCUACUUUGGAUUUUUUACUUGAUGCUACGUAUAUACUUGAACUUGUAUUAAUAAAAAUAGUACGUUCUUUUCGACUUAUA